CGACGCCUUAUAAAAUGUACUAGUUUCAGGUCAUUGCCAGUCCAAAAGAGGGAAAGAGAGGGACUCUUCUAGGAAAGUGAAAAGUGGGUGAAUCUGGCCGUCGUCGUCGUCGUCAGAAUUUUCCACCGCCACCGGUAAAUAUGUCGUCCGGCAGGUACAUGGCCUACUCACGAUCUCCCUCUGCUCCUCACUCUCCUCACAUCGGUGGUCUUCGCUCUGCUUCCUCUACCCUCGCCGACCAAGAAAAGUAUCUCUCAGAGUUACUUGCGGAACGCCAUAAGCUCAGCCCAUUUGUGCCUGUCCUUCCUCAUUGUUAUCGAUUGCUGAAUCAGGAACUUUUGCGUGUAACUACACUGUUGGGGAAUGCUUCAGUUUUAGAUCAAAGUGGGUUUGAACAAGCUAGCCCCCUGGCUUCAGGAGGAAUGUAUUCAAAUGGAGGAGCUAAUAUGGACAGAUGGGCAUCACCAUUUCAAUCAGAAAUAUCAGGUUUAAUGCACUCACCAUCUGCUCAAAGCUGGCUUAAUACUCAAAGUAACUCAUCAGGCCUCAUAGUGAAGCGAACACUCAGAAUUGAUAUACCCGUGGACCAAUAUCCUAAUUUACAUUUGCAGUACAAUUUUGUGGGGCGCCUCCUGGGCCCUAGAGGGAACUCUCUAAAACGAGUGGAAGCUACUACCGAGUGCCGGGUUCUGGUAAGAGGACGCGGCAGCAUCAAGGAUCCAAUAAAGGAAGAAAUGAUGAGGGGCAAACCGGGGUAUGAACACCUGAAUGAGCCUCUUCAUGUUAUUGUGGAGGCUGAACUGCCAGUGGAGAUCAUUGAUGCUCGGCUAUUGCAAGCACAUGAGAUAUUGGAAGAUCUGCUCAAGCCUAUGGAUGAGUCCCAGGAUUUCUAUAAAAAACAGCAGCUACGUGAACUUGCUAUGCUUAAUGGUACUCUUCGUGAAGAAGGUUCUCAAAUGUCUGGUUCUGUUUCCCCCUUCCACAACAGUCUUGGGAUGAAGAGGGCUAAAACCAGGGGGUGAUCAAUUCCUUCUCUAGUGGGAUUUGGAGCUUGUGCAUUGAUACACACCAUUAACCAGCAGGUCCUAUGCAACACAGGUGUUGCUAUAAAGUCAAGAUGCCUCGCACUGCCAUCGGGGCACUGGUGCUGUUCUGUGCCAGUUCUAACUUGUCUCUAUAUGAUAUGAAGUGUGUUUAUGUUCUGGUUGGGGAAGAUUUAGUAAUUCAUAGUAGGCCGGUUAGGGGUUUGCUUGAUGUCGCCAGGUGUUUGUCCAGAGCGUUGUCUUACCAACGUCAUUGUAUUAUUCCAUUUAUUUCUAGUUUGUGAUU